GAAUAUGAUGUAUAGAGUCCCUAGGCUUCCAACAACGAUUUCAAGGCAUUGGUCCCCAAAUCCCCGUGUUUGACGGAAUCUUACAACAACGAACAGGUCAACGGUCAUGGAAUGCUUCCGUGUAGGAACCACGUUGGUGUUGGAUGUUCAUCCCCGGUUCGGCAAGCCACGCCGCCCGGGCUCUCCCUUUGCGGCUCGGCAGCGGAGCGCUCUCCCUCCGCUUCAGGACAGUUGGUGAUCCUCUUGAUGAUGAUCCCCAUGGAGGUUUGGGUGAGCCUAGCUUUGCUACAAGCAGGACUCCUGUUGAUCGGCACAGAGGUCUUGAAAGAGCUCCUGGCACGUCAAGAACUUCAUCAGCUGCCCAGGGAGCUGAUGCGGCGAUCCAUGCAGAUGGGUCAACGCUUGAGCAUCCUGGCCUAUGACGUGGCCGAAACCCGGGAGGAGGUGAGGAUUGUCCUGUCGGGUGUUUCUCCAACUUUUGCCAAUGUGAUGUGCUCCUCGAACCUUCUGGAGGCUGCGACGGUGGUCUAUGACCGCGUGCGCCAAUCCUUUGGAUACACCAACGAUGCCAACGCGCAGGAUCGGUUCACUGCCGCCAUUGGAUGGCUGCAGCGCCCGCAGCUGAUGAUUUGCUUUGAGGACCAGCUCCGUUGCUGUGCUCUGGCGCGGCAAGCCUUGCAUGGCGACGCGCCCGUCGAGCCGAGCGAGUCCAAGAGACGAGUCGUCGGUGGUUUAGCGGCUUUGGAGCUUCAAAGCUGGCAGAGCUGCCGUGGCAUGGGCAAGGUGGAAGCUGAAGGGCGUUUGGUGCAGGAGCUCACCGAAAAGGAUCCGACCUUCCGCAAGGUGGUGCCUCCCGAAGAACCUGAAGCGCAAGAAUUGCCUCUGAAUGACUUUGUCCAGGUCUUCCUCGAGUUGUUGGAAUUCCGUUUGCCCCGCGACCUGGACGACCGCGCACUGCGUUACAAGAAGCGAGCCUUUGUCACCUCGCUUGUGGCCACCAUGGCCUGGCGACGCCUUUUGAUGCGCCGGCUAGUUCCCAAGGCGCCCAUCGUACAGGCAGUCAGCAGCAUUGGCUUAAGCUUGCUGACGACAUAUCUUGGACUCCUGCACUUUGGCCUUCCUGCUUCCAUCUACGCUCGCCUCACCACAAGCCGUUGGUUGCGCGCUUUGCGGGAAAGGCUGCGUUGGCCGGGCGCGGCAGGACGAUUGCUUCGGUGGCUUCUGCAGCUGCUGAUGCCGCCCUUGCGCCGGCCCCUGAUGAUUUCCAUUGGCCCUCAAGCGCCCACGGGCCAGAACUGAGCUGAACUGAGCAGCAGAACAGACUCUUAGAUCCUUGCAUUUCCUGGCCUGCGCUGGACGCGAGCAAUAGUACGAGCUGUGCUUGCGACACGGUGUGCGGCAGC